AUGGAGCGUGAAAUUGUCAGGUUCUUGCAGAAGUGCAAGAGCAUCAAUCAUUUAAAGCAAAUCCAUCUCCGAAUACUCAUCAAUGGCCUCGAAGACAACAAGAGUAUACUGCAUAACCUCAUCACUGUUUCGUCUGACCUCAUUUCACUUGAUUAUGCUUUCAACGUGCUUCAGUCUUCGAAUUCUUCUGACGUUGUUGCUUACAACACAAUGAUCAAAUGCUUUGCUGGUGGGAGAAGAAAAUUUUCAGCACAUAAUGCAACCAUUGCUUACAAAGAAAUGAGGAGAAAAGAGUUUUUAGUAUUACCGAACAGUUUCACCUUCACUUUUCUUCUGAGAUGUUUCGAUGUUUUGGAUGUUGGUAGAAUGAUUCAUGGGGAAAUUUUGAAGAUGGGAUUUGAUGUUUGGAGCGUGUUUGUUGGAAACACCCUUUUGAAUUUCUACGGUAAACAUGGUACUCUUGGUGUUGAUUUGGCAUGCAAAUUGUUCGAUGAUAUGCCUGAGAGAGAUGCUGUGUCUUGGAAUACUAUGAUUGGGAUGUAUAUGGAUUGUGGACAAGUUGAAUCAGCUAUUAGGUUGUUUGAAUCGAUGCCGGAAAAGACUGUUGUGACAUGGAAUUCUGUUAUCACUGGGUUGGCAAAGAACGGAAAGAUGGAAUCUGCCCGUUUGGUGUUUGACAAAAUGCCAGAGAAAAAUGAGGUUUCUUGGAACUGUGUGAUAUCUGGAUAUGUGAAGGCAGGUGAUUUGGCAAACGCGGAGACCAUUUUUAAGGAGAUGCCAAUAAAGUCUGUGGUAACAUGUACUGCAAUCAUAUCAGGAUAUGCUUCAAUUGGAGAUAUUGAAUCUGCAAGAAAACUGUUUGAUCAGAUGGGAAGCAAAAGAAAUAUUGUUACUUGGAACGCUAUGAUUGCUGGCUAUGUCAAUCAAAGUAUAUUUGAUGAAGCUCUUUCUGUGUUUCGUUUGAUGCUAUUCGAUGGCAAAUGCAGACCUGAUCAGAUUACUUUGAUUAGUGUCCUAUCUGCCUGUUCUCACUUGGGUUCUCUUGAAAAUGGAAAAUGGAUAAGCUCUUAUAUCAACAAAAACAAGAUAAAUUUGUCAACCCCUUUAGGAAAUGCACUGAUAGACAUGUUUGCAAAAUGUGGCGAUAUCGAAAGCAGUAAAGCAGUUUUCCAUCGGAUGUCCAACAGAUGUAUAAUCACUUGGACAACAAUGCUGUCCGGCUUGGCUGUUAAUGGGAUGUGUAAAGAAGCCUUGGCAUUGUUCAACAAGAUGUGCGAUGAUGGAACGAAACCAGAUGAUGUCAUGUUCAUCGCUGUUCUAUCAGCUUGCAACCAUGGAGGGCUGGUGGAAGAGGGUAAAAUUUUAUUUAAAAAAAUGGUACACGAUUUUGGCAUUGAACCACAAAUCGAGCAUUAUGGAUGCAUCAUUGAUCUUCUAGCUCGAUCUGGGGAGUUGGAUGAAGCAGUCAGAUUGACAGAAAACAUGCACUUGCCGCCUAAUGUGGUGAUUUGGGCUGCAUUAACCAGCGCCUGUAAGGUACAUGGAAAUGGUAAGUUGUUUAAUUACGUAACCAAGAAAGUAUUAGAUCAAGAACCAUCAAAUCCUAGCUAUUUGACACUAAUUACAAAUUUGAGUUCAUCAAUUGGAAAGUGGCAAGAGACUUUGAGGUUUAGGAGGGUAAUGAGACAGCAAGGAAUUGAAAAGGUUCCAGGUUGUAGCUUAAUAGAAAUAGGGGAUACUGUUCAUGAGUUUGUAGCUAGAGAUACAAGUCAUAUGCACAGGAGUGAUAUCUAUGCAAUCUUGGAAUCUUUAAACGGUCAUCUGUCGUCACAUUGUGAUUUGAAGUGUGGGUUUACUGGUCAGAAAUCCUAA